AUGUCAACUUCGUUACCUCUUUCCAAUAUUCAUUCCUCUUCUCAUUCCACCAUGAAAUUUCACAGAGUGUCACGUUCUAGUUCCACCACUUCAAAAAUACCACAAACGCGUGGGUACUUUGAGUUUUCACUAAAAUUUAUAGUCGAAGACGAAAAGUAUAAAGCUCAAGCAUUUUUCAAGGAGGACGUUGAUGUUUAUAAUGUUCAAAGGAGGAGGUCAACUUGGAGUUUUUUAGGAUUCAUUUUUUCUUUUAUUGCAAUUUUUACCAGCAUAAAAGUCUCUUUAACUGAUACAGCAGAUUCGCUUGUGAUGAAAGAAGGGAAGGAGAGAGACAUGACAUACUCGAGGACGAAAGGAAUUCCAGUUGUUGUAGACGGCUGGUGCUGUAUUUGCAGAUCUAAUGUAGAAUCAGGUACAAGGCAUUGUAAAUAUUGUAACAAGUGUGUACAAGGUUUCGAUCAUCAUUGUCGAUGGCUAAAUUGCUGUAUCGCGGAAGCCAAUUACAGAACGUUCAUAAUAUUCAUAAUAUCUUCUCUUUCCGUUUCCAUCAUGAGCCUUUGGCUCGCGCUUUGCGCUAUUAAUUUAUAUUUUGGCGCGGAAACGGAUGAUGAUUACUUAAUGAAUCAUUUAAUGGACAUGACAACAGUAGAAUAUUUGAGCCAUCAACAACAAAGGAGGUAUUAUAGUGAUCAUUAUGAAGAUGAAGAUGAUGAGAAUCCAUGGAGAAGACCUUAUUACCCUAAUCCAUGGAAACGAAGAAUCAUGGGAAUAAUUAGAAAAUUUUACAUGUUGACACGAUUCUGCAAGAGAAAAAGUAAGUAUCAAGGAAGAGAUUCAAGUUAUGGAUUUGAUAUACAUAGUGUAUAA